GAUGACUGGGAGAGCCCGAGCGAGAGCACGAGGAAGGGCCCGUGGUCAGGAGACGGUGCAGCACGUGGGCGCCACUGCGAGCCAGCAGCCUGGUCAUGUCCAGCCUGGACCUCAGCCGCCACCGGCAGAAGGGGAGCUGGCUGGCCGCGGACGGCAGAGGGGAGCCGUAGGAGCGACAGCCAAGUCACAAGAACUCCAGAUAUCCGCCGGAUUUCAGGAAUUAUCUCUGUCAGAGAGAGGGGGUCGCCGUAGAGACUUCCACGAUCUUGGUGUCAAUACAAGGCAGAACCUGGAUCAUGUUAAAGAAUCAAAAACAGGUUCUUCAGGCAUUAUAGUAAGGCUGAGCACUAACCAUUUUCGACUGACAUCCCGCCCACAGUGGGCCUUGUAUCAGUACCAUGUUGACUAUAACCCACUGAUGGAAGCCAGAAGACUCCGCUCAGCUCUUCUUUUUCAACACGAAGAUUUAAUUGGAAGGUGUCAUGCUUUUGAUGGAACGAUACUAUUUUUACCUAAAAGACUACAGCACAAGGUUACUGAAGUUUUUAGUCAGACCCGAAAUGGAGAGCACGUGAGAAUAACAAUUACCUUAACAAAUGAACUCCCACCGACAUCACCAACUUGUUUGCAGUUCUAUAAUAUUAUUUUUAGGAGGCUUUUGAAGAUCAUGAAUUUGCAACAAAUUGGACGGAAUUAUUACAACCCAAGUGACCCAAUUGAUAUUCCAAAUCAUAGGUUGGUGAUUUGGCCUGGCUUCACUACCUCUAUUCUUCAGUAUGAAAAUAACAUCAUGCUUUGCACUGAUGUCAGCCAUAAAGUCCUUCGAAGUGAAACUGUUCUGGAUUUCAUGUUCAACUUGUAUCAUCAAACCGAAGAACAUAAGUUUCAAGAACAAGUUUCUAAAGAACUGAUAGGUCUAAUUGUUCUGACCAAGUAUAACAAUAAAACAUACAGAGUGGAUGAUAUUGACUGGGACCAGAAUCCAAAGAGUACCUUUAAGAAAGCCGAUGGCUCUGAAGUCAGUUUCUUAGAGUACUACAGGAAGCAAUAUAACCAAGAAAUCACCGACUUGAAGCAGCCAGUUUUGGUCAGCCAGCCUAAGAGGAGGAGAGGCCCUGGCGGCACGUUACCCGGCCCUGCGAUGCUUAUUCCUGAGCUCUGCUACCUGACAGGUCUAACUGAUAAAAUGCGCAAUGAUUUUAAUGUAAUGAAAGACUUGGCUGUUCAUACGAGGCUAACCCCAGAACAGAGGCAGCGGGAAGUGGGGAGGCUGAUCGAUUACAUCCACAAAGAUGAUAAUGUUCAGAGGGAGCUUCGAGACUGGGGUUUGAGCUUUGACUCCAACUUACUGUCCUUCUCAGGAAGAAUUUUGCAAGCAGAGAAGAUUCAUCAAGGUGGAAAAACAUUUGACUACAAUCCACAGUUUGCAGAUUGGUCAAAAGAAACAAGAGGUGCGCCACUGAUCAGCGUUAAGCCGCUGGAUAACUGGCUGUUGAUCUAUACUCGAAGAAACUAUGAAGCAGCCAAUUCAUUGAUACAAAACCUAUUUAAAGUCUCACCAGCCAUGGGCAUACAAAUGAAGAAAGCAGUAAUGAUUGAAGUGGAUGAUAGAACGGAAGCCUAUUUAAGAGUCUUACAGCAGAAGGUUACAUCAGAUACCCAGAUAGUUGUUUGUCUGUUGUCAAGUAACCGGAAGGACAAAUACGAUGCUAUUAAAAAAUACUUGUGUACAGAUUGCCCGACUCCAAGUCAGUGUGUGGUGGCCCGAACCUUAGGCAAACAGCAGACCGUCAUGGCCAUUGCUACAAAGAUUGCCCUGCAGAUGAACUGCAAGAUGGGAGGAGAGCUUUGGAGGGUUGAUAUGCCUCUAAAGCUAGCAAUGAUAGUUGGCAUCGAUUGUUACCAUGACACCACAGCUGGACGGAGGUCAAUUGCAGGGUUCGUCGCAAGCAUCAACGAAGGGAUGACCCGCUGGUUCUCUCGCUGUGUAUUUCAAGACAGAGGACAGGAGCUGGUCGACGGGCUCAAAGUCUGCUUGCAAGCCGCUCUGAGGGCCUGGAAUAGCUGCAACGAGUACAUGCCUAGUCGGAUCGUCGUGUUCCGGGACGGCGUUGGGGACGGCCAGCUCAAGGCGCUGGUCAGCUACGAGGUGCCGCAGUUUCUGGACUGCCUGAAGUCUGUGGGGAGAGGCUACAACCCAAGACUAACGGUGAUUGUGGUGAAGAAGCGGGUGAACGCCAGGUUUUUCGCGCAGUCCGGAGGGAGACUUCAGAACCCGCUUCCUGGGACGGUCAUCGAUGUCGAGGUCACCAGGCCAGAAUGGUAUGACUUCUUCAUCGUGAGCCAGGCGGUGAGGAGCGGCAGCGUCUCCCCCACGCACUACAACGUCAUCUACGACAGCAGUGGCCUGAAGCCGGACCACAUCCAGAGGCUGACGUACAAGCUCUGCCACGUCUACUACAACUGGCCGGGUGUCAUUCGUGUUCCCGCCCCCUGCCAGUAUGCCCACAAACUGGCCUUCCUUGUCGGCCAGAGCAUUCACAGAGAGCCAAACCUGUCCCUGUCCAAUCAGCUUUACUACCUCUGACCGGCGGAAGAAGACAAGACGUAGCUGGUUUUUCUUUCUGAAAUUACAACUUCGGAAUUUUUUAAGCUUUUUUAAAAUUGUAUCUUUCUGGAUGAAACCUGGGAAGGGACUUAGGAGCUCCAGAGUCUUCCUUCCAACAUUGCCAUUAACUUAUUUUAUAGGUG